GUUUGAAAGCCAUGUAUAUAAACACUUGCUAUGUUGAUUUCAGAGCCUCGUGCUCUAAAACUGCCACUGAAGCUUGUUACAGCAAGUAGAAUUGCAACAAACCCUCUUUCUCUGCUCAUUUCUUUGUCUUCUUUUUGCACCAAAACCUUAGAACAAGCAAAGGAAGAGGAGAAGAAGAAGCGGAAGAAGGAGGAAGAGACCCUCAAUUUGUUUUUGCAUGAUAUAAGAAGAACAAUGUCUACGGAUCUCAAUGAUUAUAAAAUCAUUAAGGAAGGAGAAGCUGAGAUUCUUAUGCACGCAAAGAAUGAAGUCUUUUAUAACAAAACUCAGGUUAAUAACAGGGAUAUAUCAAUUGCUGUUUUGAGAACAUUUAUAUCCAAACGUAAGCAAGAGCAUGAAGCAUUUUUGUCCAAGAGAACAAAAGGGGCACAAAAAGUAUCUGAAAAUGAUGCUUCUGAAAUGGUUGUGGAGGAAUUGCCACACAAAACUACACCAGAAGAUCAUAAGUCUAAUGGCGAAUGUGAAGUAGAGGAAGAGAUAUCUCCAGAAGAACCAUGCAGUACCAUGGAAGGUUCAGUCAAGAUCACUGAAGAAUGCAGCACUACAGAAGGGCCAAUGGAUCUUAAGGAAAGAAAAGGAAAGAGGGAACUGAUGCCGCCAAGAGUUCUUGAGGCCUUGUCUGCUUCUGGGUUAAGGGCUCUCAGAUAUGCUCGUGAAGUAGAAGGGAUUGGUCAGGUUGUUGCUCUGGACAAUGAUAAAGUUUCUGUUGAAGCUUGCAGAAGGAACAUCAAAUUCAAUGGUUCAGUUGCAGUUUCAAAGGUGGAGUCCCAUCUUGCUGAUGCUCGUGUAUAUAUGCUAACCCACCCUAAAGAAUUUGAUGUGGUUGAUCUUGAUCCUUAUGGUUCGCCUUCUGUUUUUCUGGAUUCAGCAGUUCAAUCUGUUGCUGAUGGAGGUAUGCUUAUGUGUACUGCAACAGAUAUGGCUGUUCUCUGUGGGGGAAAUGGGGAGGUCUGCUAUUCAAAAUAUGGAUCAUACCCACUGAGAGGGAAAUAUUGCCACGAAAUGGCCUUGAGGAUUGUUCUGGCUUGCAUUGAGAGUCAUGCGAAUCGUUACAAGCGGUAUAUUGUUCCUGUGUUAUCUGUUCAGAUGGACUUCUAUGUUCGUGUUUUUGUUCGCAUAUACACUUCUGCCAGUUCUAUGAAAAACACUCCCCUAAAGCUUUCAUAUGUUUAUCAAUGCACUGGUUGUGAUUCUUUCCACCUACAGCCCAUUGGGAGGACCAUUUCCAAGAAUACUAGCGUCAGAUAUUUGCCUGGCUAUGGUCCUAUUGUUCCUCAAGAAUGCAGUGAUUGUGGGAAAAAAUUCAAUAUGGGUGGCCCUAUAUGGUCUGCUCCUAUCCAUGACCAAGAAUGGGUCGCUUCUAUACUAUCAGAUGUGAAAUCUAUGAAGGAGAGGUAUCCUGCUUAUGACCGCAUAUCAGCUGUGUUGACUACAAUUUCAGAGGAAUUGUCAGAUGUUCCCUUGUUUUUGAGUCUGCACAACCUCUGUGCAACCCUUAAAUGCACUUCUCCAUCAGCAAUUAUUUUUCGUUCUGCUGUGAUCAAUGCGGGCUAUCGUAUUUCAGGAACUCAUGUUAAUCCACUAGGGCUUAAAUCAGAUGCACCCAUGGAUGUUAUUUGGGAUAUAAUGCGUUGCUGGGUAAAACAACAUCCUGUGAAAGCUCAGCCAGCAGAUCAACCAGGAAGUAUCAUACUUGCCAAGGAACCUGUUCUUCAGGCUAAUUUUGCUCGAGCAGUAGCAUCUCUUAGCAAGGCACAAGCUAAGAAGGUUGCACGCUUUCUUCCAAAUCCUGAAAGACACUGGGGUCCAAAACUUAGGGCAGGACGUCAAAUUACUAGCAAGCAUGUCUCUCUUUUGGGUCCAGCAGCAAUUAAUGGAGCUCUCAACCAGGAAGACAAUGAAGAACCUAUAAGUAAGAGGCCGAAGACUGAAGAUAAUAUUACAUCUUAGCUCCCAAAAUGAGGUUCUUGGAAUUAAUUUUCAUAAAUCUAGAGGUCCUGGAAUUCUAUAUUUUUGGUCACUCAGGAAAUCCCAUUUGUUUUCACUAAGCUUUGCACAUAGAGUGAGCUGAGUGAGAGAACUAGAUAAUGUGCCUUGUUUCUCAAUUAUCAGUUAUGCAAAAUGCUGUGGCAAGAUUAAGGCACUUUGCAUCAAAUUAGUUAUUUGAAUCUGGCAUUAUUUUUUUUUUGGUUCUAGAAAUUGUAUUUGUGUGGAAUAAUAUAUUUUUUUUCAGUGAAUUUGUAUUUCGUGUUUAAUAUAGUUGAAGUUCCAAUUUUGACUUGCAUGGGAAUGUUUUUCUGCAAAGAAGUAAAAUAACAACGGGAAUAAUAUUUCUCGUGCAAGAUGGAGAUAAUUUUGUCUCCUGCACUCACAUUAAAGUGAUGGGAUUGAUUCCGUUUUUUCUCUCUCGGACUCUUCUCCUUAUAGGGCCUCAUUCACUUUGAUACGAGUGCAGGAGAUAAAGUUAU